CAACUGGUGUUUAUAAGGAUGUUAAAGUUUAUACGCACACUGAUCCUACCACUAUAGCAUUGUAUGCUAUAUACAAGAAUAAACAUGAUCUUAUAUAUCACUUGAAGUUGUAUGCCAUUGAGAACAACUUUCAGUAUGUGACUAAAACUUCAAGAAAAGAAAGUUUACAUGUUUUUUGUCCUGAUGAGAAAUGUGAGUGGGCUGUUCGUGGUGUUCGUCUUCCUGAUGUGGACUUCUUUCAGAUUCGCAGAUUUGAUUCAACUCAUUCUUGUUCAGUGGAUUUCAUAGAGGGUGAUCACAAGCAGGCCACUUAUGACAUUGUUGCAGGCAUGGUUAUUCAUCGUUACUCCAAUGCUUCUAAGAAACCCUAUCCGCCAAAUGACAUAAUUGACGACAUCCGUAGAGAAUUUGGCAUCUCUUUGUCUUACCGUAAAGCUUUGGCAGUUAAGCGACAUUCAAUGAAGCUUCUCUUUGGAUCCGAUGAAGAGUCAUAUCAAUUAUUACCUUCCAUGUGCCA